UGGCAGAAUGGAAGUAUGUAUAUGGUGUAAAGAGACUUCAAGAUGAAACAGUAGGAGAAAGUUAAGAUGUCACAAAAACAUGGACUGUAAGGACACCCCAAACUUUCUGAGUUGCGUUGCUUCUUUCUGCCAUAAUUAUCCAUCAUGUCUGGGUCAUCUGAUGAGAAUGCUGCACUGAUGGCGUCGGCUGGUGAAGGAUCUAGACAGAAGAGGAAGAAGUCGCCAGACUGGAGUCGUUUUGGACUGAGCGCAGACCAACAGGAGGCAGGAGAGGUGAAGAGGUAUGCGCAUGCAGAUGUUGAGGAUGGGUACCAACAAGUGGAUGAUGGAAAACAGAAUGAGCUGUUUAGGGAAGAUCAGAGUCUCUCACCACAGAAGCCAUGGUACAAGGCAAAUUUUUUUAUUUCGGAGCCAGUACUGUUCGGGACAUGGGAUGGAGUGUUCACGUCCUGUAUGAUUAACAUUCUCGGAGUCAUCAUCUUCCUACGUAUGGGAUGGAUUGUGGGGAAUUCUGGAAUAGGGCUGACAAUCCUGACAAUCAUAGUUGCGGUGGUGAUAGUCCUGAUUGUGGCUCUAUCAGCCAUUGGGGUAUGUGAGCGAUGUAAGAUGGAGUCUGGGGGUGUUUACUUCCUUCUGUCCCACGUCCUCGGAGCAAGAAUCGGGGGCAGUAUCGGUGUCAUCUACUGCUUUGCACAGUCUGUGAGCUGUUCUCUAUCAGUGAUGGGAUUUGGUGAAUCAAUCAUGGGUCUAGCUCAUGUUGAAAACCCAUGGAUAGCUAAGGGAGUGGCAGUGGGACUAGUCCUUCUCUUACUGGGUAUAAACGUGGCGGGAGUGAAGUGGGUAAUUAGACUCCAACUCGUGCUCCUGAUGGCUCUUUUCUUAUCCGCCAUGGACAUGAUAGUGGGGUCCUUUCUACAUACAGAUAUUGAACAUGGUGUGACUGGAUAUUCUGAGUUCAACCUGCGUAACAACUCGGGACCAGACUAUUUGGAGGGUGAAAAUUUCUUUAGCAUUCUUGGACUUUUCUUCUCCACGGUGACUGGUAUCCUGGCAGGAAUCAACAUGAGUGGGGACCUCCGAGAUCCAUUCCACAACAUUCCUAAUGGCACCUUGGCCUCGCUUGGUGUCGCGACAAUCCUAUACAUAUCCUUCACACUGGUCCUAGGAGCUACUUGUGCAAGGUCCUAUCUACUUAAUGACUACAUGAUAGCUAAGGAGGUGGCAUUUGUGGGGUAUGUGUGGUUGAUCGGCCUUUAUAUUUCCUCUGUGUCGUCCUGUAUGGGCAGCUUGUACGGACCUCCCAGAAUCCUCCAGUCCAUUGCCAAUGAAAAUGUCAUUCCAAUCAUAAGACUGCUCGGCCAAGGUAGAGGACCCAAUAAAGUUCCGAUAUAUUCCCUCAUACUUGUGACACUUGUUGUGCUAUUGUUUAUUUGUGUUGGAGAUGUGAAUACUUUAGCUCCUAUUGUGACCACAGCAUUCAUGAUGACUUAUGCAGCCAUAAACUAUUCUUAUUUUGCAUUAGCCAUGACAUAUGAAAAAAGACAAGAACGGGAAAGAAAUCUAAAUAUAAUGCCAACAAAUUCAAAAAAACUGCGGGGUACUGCAUCACAGGGAGAUGUAAUAAAUGGCACCAUAACUGGGAGUUAUGGUGCCACUGGAACACUUUCAGAUGGUCAACGCCCAAAAGACUCAUUCGAAAAAUUCGCGAGUGAUUUGGAUAAAUUAUUUCCAGAGAGAAUGACUCAAAGGGGGCAGCACCAUCUAGUGCGUCAGGGAAGCAUAGGAAGUGGAAGUACCGCCACCACACCAGAAGCCGAUUUUGAUGCCACAAAAAAAUCUAAGUCACAUGAUACAUUUUCUGAACACAGUGAUACUUCUUCGCUUUUACCUGAGAAAUUGGCUGGCUCUGGAGCUACAGACCCUCAAAAGAAACUGCGCAGUACAGAAAUUACCAAAAUGCCAAGGUCCUGGUACUCCUUCUUUUGUAAUCGCUGGCUUGCACUCUUCGGUGUAACAUGUUGCUAUCGCCCCUGA